ACCGAGUGACCCAGCACUGUAAAUGUACCCUUGGCCACUCACUCCGCCCUAUUAAAGCGCACGCGAUUCCUCCACUCAGCGUUUUCCCGAUUUGACCGCCGAGAUCGACAUUCCGCACUCGCAUUCCCGCAUUCCCGUGCGUCUGCGCGUCUGCAAGCCCGCACGUGCCCCCCGAACCCUCGACCCUCGACCCUUCUUUGCGCGUCGGCUGCUUCCAGCGUCGCGGGACGCAUAGUUCGUCAACCGGAUUGCUGCCUCCGGCAUGGCCCAUCUCCCCCGGUUUCACCGGCGCAAGAAGGAUGUCGCCGCGCCAACCCUGAUCACCAGCGAUCUGCCCCCAAAGACGACGCCGCCGUCGUCAGGCGAUCCGCAGGCCGCCCCGCCGAUGCGCUCGUUCCAGAAGCUCAGUCCGUUCCGAGUCUUCCACCGCUCGUCGAGCAAGCGCGCCCGCGAUUCACCGCCGGCCUCGCUUCCGCACUCGCCCGCCGCGGGGCCCGUGGUUGGCGGCGACGGCGCCGAUGGUCGGCCGGUGUCCCCCUUAUCGCUGAAGACGGGCCAGGCUGGCGAUGAGUCGCAACACGUGUCGGGACGCCGCAAGAUGCCGGCUUUCUUAGAGCAAAGUCCGCACGAAAUCAGUCACAAGUUCUCCGAACUGGUGUGGCGCGAGCGCAACCGCCUCAUGCUGUCGGUGACCAACCCGUCGCCCGACUUCCGCUGGGCGCGCGUGACGGGCCCGCAUCUCAAGGUCCUCGACCGCUACAUGAACGUGCAGCCGUGGCACAACAACCGGAUCAAGCUGCAGGUUCCCGAGGGCCACGUCGACUACAUCAAUGCCUCACCAAUCAUGUUGACGCCGUCGCCCGUCGGCGGCGUCCCGCAAGAGCCGGACCGAUACAUCGUCAUGCAGGGGCCGAAGCAGGUGUCGACGGACCACGUCUGGCGGAUGGUGGUGGAGCAGCUCGAGAGCCCCGCUGUGAUCAUCAUGCUGACCGAGACGCACGAAGGGAUGCUCGAGAAGUGCUACCCCUAUUUCCCCCGCAGCAAGGACGAUCCGCCGCUUGAGGUCAACCAGCGCGAUGAGUUUGGCGACGGCUUCCGGGCCACGGUGCGGUGCGAGGGCAUGGAGGAGACGCCGGCCGGCGACGCGAUCGAGCUGCGGAAGCUGGUCAUCCGCGUGCACCCGCGCCCGAAGCCGGGGACAAAGAUCGAGCCGGCCAGCGAACCGGCCGACACCCCCGAGCCGACCGGCGCCGCCGAGCAAGACGCCGACUCGGACGAGCCGGAGGAGCGCACGAUCUGGCACUUCCUGUACAAGAAGUGGCCCGACUUCGGCGUGCCCUCGCUCGCCGACCUCGACAGCUUCUUCGCGCUGAUGCGCCUGUCGCGCGCCAAGAACGCGUCCCCGCGCAACCCGCGCGUCGUGCACUGCAGCGCCGGCGUCGGCCGCAGCGGCACCUUCGUCGCGCUGGAGCAUCUGGUGCGCGAGCUCGAGGCCGGCCGGUUCGAGCGCCUGGACGAGGGGGAGGAUGAGGAAAAGCGGGCUGCGGGGGAGGAGGAUCCGGAGAAUCGGGAGGUGGAGGAGGAGGGGGGUGGCGGUGCAGCAGCAGGAGGAGGAGGAGGAGGAGGAGAGGGCGCGGACGGGGAUGCCGGAUCGCCCUCCGGCGCUGCCACGCCUGUCUCGGUCGCGACGUCGUUCAUGUCGGUUUCGACUUGUGCUUCGGCUUCUGCUUCCGCUGCGGGCGCGGGGUCUGGCAAUGGCAAUGGCAAUGGCAAUGGCAACGGCAACGGAAGUGGCAAUCCGCUGCCUCCAAAAGCGCACGCGGCCUCCUCGAGCCAGACCCUGCUGCGCCAGCGCCCGGGCGGCGCGUAUCCGGACCCGGUGUUCGACACGGUCGACCAGCUGCGCGAGCAGCGCCGCUCCAUGGUCCAGGCCGAGGCGCAGUACCAGUUCAUCUACCAGGUCUUGAGGAAGCUGUGGCUGGAUCGGUACGGCACCGAGGGCGCCAGCGGCGGAGGCGGCGAUGAUGGUGGUGAUGGGGGUGGUGAUGGGCACGAGGGCGAGCCGGCGGCUAAGCGCCUCGAGGUGGAAACCCCUGUUGAGUGACCCGCGUCAACACGCCGGCGCCAUCAAUCGCGCUGAUGACGGUGAGAACGGGUUAUAAUCUCUGCCUUGUGCCUUUCGAGUCGAUUUUCGUUUGACCGUUAUUUUCCCUUUUUGUUUCUUUUUUCUCUCUCGCCAUGUGGCUGGCGCAUCAGGGUAUAGAGAGGGUAACUGGGAGCGUGGCAUAUUCAUUAUCAGAGGCUAUAGCGGAACUGGAUAUGGCUUCAAGCGGUCGCGGGGCGGUCCUUGGGGUGCAUAGAUGGGCAUAGAUGAAUUUUUCUCUCUCUUAAUCCUAGUUCUGGUCGCGGCCGAGUUCGGCCGGUGUUUUU